AUGGCUGACUCUUCACAUUAUCAUUCUCAACCACCCCAUCAAAACGAGACACUCCCAUCCCACAAAAAGGCCAAAAAGACCACCAAAACCGGCGGCGGCACCACCAGCACCACUGGAAAACACCCGACGUACCACGGCAUUAGGCGCCGGGGCGAGAAAUGGGUUUCCGAGAUUCGCGAGCCGAGGAAAACGACCCGCAUAUGGCUCGGCACCUAUCCCUCGCCGGAGAUGGCCGCCGCCGCCUACGACGUGGCGGCGCUCGCCCUAAAAGGCGGCAAUGUCGCAUUGAACUUACCGGGCCGCGCUGGCUCAUUUCCGGUUCCGUUGCCGGCUUCGCCAGAAGAGAUUCAGAGAGCGGCCGCACGCGCGGCAGAGAUGAUGGGUCCGGCGGGAGGCGGCGGCGUGGGCGUGGUGGUGGCGGCGGCGGAGGGUCGUGACUGGCCGGUAGAGAGUAAUUCUUUGGCGAGCGGUGUUGGUGGGUAUGAUGAGUAUGUCGAUGAGGAUGCGCUGUUCGAUAUGCCGAAUUUGUUGGUGGAUAUGGCGGAAGGGAUGCUCGUUAGCCCGCCGAGGAUGGGGUCGCCGCCUUUGGACGAGUGGCCGGGCGGCCAAUGGGAAAAUUUAUGGAGUUAUUAUUGA